AUGCCUCCUAUUAUAGAUAGUGAAUCAGACGAUGAACGGAUCAUUGGAAUCACUAACAAGAGACAUAGACAAGAUGGUCAGACCAAAGUGCUGAAAAACAAAGUGAAGAAGCAUGUUAGAACAAAAGAAACUGCAGAUUCGGAUGGUGCAGGCAAUGGGAAUUCUAGUGAUGAUGAAGAGGAUGAACGAGUUCAUUCACAACUAUCAAAGAGAAGUCGUGAUCCAAGAAAAAUGAAGAAGAAAAAGAAGAAGAAGCUGUCCAACAAGAACUUACAAGGUGUCAAUGGUGGUUAUGCCUGGGAAGAUGACAUUCAAAGAAGUUGGGACCUUGUCAAAGUUGAUGAUGAAGGCAAUAUCGCUGCUAUUGUGGCAAGCAUAGUUGAAGCAAGAAAAAAAAGGGCAGCAGAGAAGACGGUUACUCCGUAUCAAAGAGGUAUUAUCAGAACCCUUAUCUUGGUAUUGGAUUGUAGCGAAGCAAUGAUGGAAAAAGAUUUGCGACCUAAUAGAUAUGCAAUGACAGUACAAUAUGCUGUAGACUUUAUUCAUGAGUAUUUUGAUCAAAAUCCUAUUUCUCAAAUUGGUGUAGUUGUUAUGCGUGAUGGUUUAGCUCAGCUAAUAUCGCAGGUCAGUGGUAACCCUCAAGAACAUAUCGAUGCUUUAAAGAUGCUUCGUAGGCAAGAACCAAAGGGGAACGCUUCUUUACAAAAUGCUUUAGAGAUGGCUAGAGGUCUCUUACUUCAUGUUCCAGCGCAUUGUACUAGAGAAGUACUCAUCGUUUUCGGUGCAUUAUCAACUACAGAUCCAGGUGAUAUUCAUCAAACGAUUGGCUCAUUGGUACAUGAGAAUAUUAGAGCAAAAGUUAUUGGUCUAUCUGCUCAAGUCUCCGUUUGCAAAGAGUUGUGUAAGCAGACGAAUUAUGGAGAUAACUCAUAUUAUGGGAUUAUAUUGAACGAUCAUCAUUUUAAGGAACUAUUCACAAGUGCAGUGACACCGUUACCGGUGAGCAAAGUGAACAAAGGGUUCACCUUGGUUAAGAUGGGAUUCCCUACCAGAGUAUUUGAGGACACACCAUCAUUUUGUGCUUGCCAUUCGACUCUAGUCCAUGGUGGUUACGUCUGUCCCAAUUGCAAAACUAAGGUUUGCUCUCUACCGACAGUAUGUCCGAGUUGUGAUUUGAUGUUGAUACUCUCAACACAUUUAGCAAGAUCGUAUCAUCAUUUGAUGCCUCUUAAGACUUUCCAAGAAGUCCCAGUGUCAGAUAGCUUCCCUACAGACUAUUGCUUCGGCUGCCAAAAGCGAUUCCCCACCUUAAGAAAUAACAAAACAGGCGAACUAUUAACAAGCAGCAGGUACAGAUGUGAAGAGUGUGAUCAAGAUUUUUGUAUAGAUUGUGAUGUAUUCAUUCAUGAAACGUUACACAACUGCCCUGGGUGUGAGUCCAAACCAAUCAAUGUAAAUAUCAAAUGA